UGAUAAUUGCACAUCCGAGAAACUGGGUACACUCAGCCAGAAGCUGCUUUUCAAAAUUGGCUCAGAUACCCGGACCAUCGUUGUUCCACAGCUUGUUGACGUGAUUACCCCUCCCGGAGAGACCCAACUCCGCACGGGAUUUUUGGCUUCAAUCUUCAAGGAUCCAGAGUCAAGAAAACAUGGCGUCUGAGGUACAAAACUCGAAUCCGACUAUACUUAACGUCGCCGAUCUCCCCACUCGACUGAGUUCGGCGGCAGCGAGCAAAGCAGGAACGGGCAGCACUGGGGCUCUUGCUUCAAUAUUCUCAACGUCCGCAUACUCAAUUGACUGGCCCACAGGCUUGAAUUUAUCGUCAGAUUCUAGUGACGAAGACGUGAUAGAAGAGCCGAUAGAUGAGCAAGAGAUAUAUGAUCUCAUAUCGUCAAUAUCGGAUCCAGAACAUCCGAUCUCACUGGGUGCAUUGGCCGUUGUGUCGCUUCCGGACAUUGCCAUAAAGCCAACCCUUCCAGAUGUUCUAGGUUCAGACCUUCGAACAAUAUCUGUCCUUAUAACACCGACAAUCACUCACUGCAGCCUUGCUACAGUGAUAGGCCUUGGCGUACGUGUUCGGCUUGAGCAGUCGCUCCCGCCACGGUUUCGUGUGGAUGUGCGGAUCAAAGAAGGCUCUCAUAGUACAGCUGAAGAGGUCAAUAAACAGCUAGCCGAUAAAGAAAGAGUGGCUGCUGCGUUGGAAAAUGGAACACUUAUGGGAGUUAUUGCAAAAAUGCUCGAAAGCUGCCGGUGAUUUUGCUAGAUCUUACAGUUGUUGACUUUUGUUUCAUCCAAGUUGCUCUCGACUUUGCACCAUGGAUGAUAACAAAGAAGUAAUCCUGCAUAUGAUCAUGAUCUUACAACGUUUCAUCAAGUACAACUUGUAACAAAUAGAUCAUAUAGUCACC